AUAAAGCGAUAAUCGUAAACAAAAAAAAAGUAAUUUAAAAAAACUCUUAAUUUCCUGAGAUCAACAAAUAUCUGAGAUGAGUGAAGUGAUAAAAUCUCUUAAAGAAAAGUCACUUAAACGCAAGAAGUUAUUAGCACAAUCGUUAGGCGUAUCUGAAAUUGAAGAUAUAACAAGUGUUCUUGGAGAUGAUUCCACAUCAAGUAAAACUAUCAAAGAUGAUGAAAAUGAUGCCGGAAGUUCAAAGAAACUUCAAACAGAAAGUUUAUUUUAUAAAGAUUCAUCGUUGUUUUUAAAGGGAACCCAAUCAUCGAAUCCUCACAACGAUUACUGUCAGCAUUUCGUAGACACUGGUCAACGUCCACAAAACUUUGUUCGAGACGUGGGACUUGCAGACCGGUUUGAAGAAUAUCCAAAAUUGAGGGAACUCAUUCGAUUAAAAGAUGAGCUCAUUGCAGAAACUGCAACCCCACCGAUGUAUCUUAAAACUGAUCUCAAAUCAUAUGAUUUAAAGAGUUUGGGAGUAAAAUUCGACGUCAUUCUAAUUGAACCACCUUUGGAAGAAUAUUAUAGAGGAACAAGUGGAACUCAUGGAAAUUUUUGGAACUGGGAUGAGAUUUUAAACUUGGAAAUUGAAGCUGUAGCGUCUCAUCGUUCAUUUGUUUUUCUUUGGUGUGGAAGUUCCGAAGGUCUCGACUUAGGUAGAAAUUGUUUGAAGAAAUGGGGAUUUCGAAGAUGUGAAGACAUUUGUUGGAUCCGCACAAAUCAAAACUCGCCAGGACAUUCCAAAAUCCUUGAGCCUAAAGCUGUGUUUCAACGUACAAAGGAGCAUUGCUUGAUGGGAAUUAAAGGAACCGUUCGUAGAUCAACUGAUGGUGACUUCAUUCAUGCAAAUGUUGACAUCGAUUUGAUUAUUUCGGAAGAAAAUGAGUUUGGAAAAGUUGAAAAGCCUCAAGAGAUUUUUCACAUUAUUGAGCACUUUUGCUUAGGCCGUCGUCGAUUACAUCUCUUUGGUGGUGAUUCCACUAUUCGAUCUGGCUGGCUUACUCUUGGACCAGAUCUGACAAACUCAAAUUUCAAUCGAGAUCUUUACUCAAGUUAUUUUGAAGCUAAUCCAACAACUGGCUCAACUGAACGUAUAAGUAUGUUGCGUCCAAAAAGUCCUCCAACGACAAAUUCAAUUAGAGGCAGAGGAGGACUUAGAGGAUUUUCUCGUGGUGGUCGAAUUAGAACACCUAGAUAAACUUUAGAUUUCUAAGGAUUUCUUUUAAUGUCGAUGAAUAAAUAUUUUACUUUUCUAUUUAUACAACAUU